GUUGAUGUGCGGAGCAAAGUGAAAGAGGCGGGAAAAAGAUCGAAAGACAAAGAGAAGAAGACAGAGCAAGAGUCUGGACAAGACACUGGAAAGAGAAGCGAAAGAAGCACCAUGGCGUCUUCAGGCAGUUCAACUCAAGACAUGAUUUCGGAUUUCUUUGACAUCCUCCAAGAUGAGGCGGUCGAACUUGGGAUGCAAAGACUUGGCCGAGAGCCGGUCGGGAUGGAGAAAGAGUUUCAUUCGCGCAUCGUGUCUGAAGCGCUCAGGGUGUCAUUUGCCGUAUAUCUGCAUGAAGUUAGCGACAAAGUUGAUGAGCUGCCAGCCGAGUGUCACUUAAAUUUGUCGUCGAAGUAUUCUCAACGAGUGCUGCAAUUUUACCAUUACUUGAAAAGAGAGUCGCAAGUUAAGUUUGGAGGCCCGCGAUCAAUUGCAAGUAUCAUCCAUCAAUCCUAUAUCAACAGAAAAAAUGAUCACUGCAAGAUGCUGGCUGAGAAUCUCACAGAGUGUGUGAAUUUGUACUUCAAGUCACUUGACUUUUGGCAAGAGACGGACUCUCUCUAUGUGACAAGGGGCUACUAUGAGUUUGUCAAAAGGGAUGUUGAAAUAUUCUCCAAGCGGAACUGGCAAAGAUACACCAACGAGUCAGGUCGUAUCAAGGAACGUGCCCAGCAAACUUGCAUCUUUGUGCUCAAUACAGUGUGGGACAUCAUUUCAUCGUACUUACCGUUCCGCGACGAAUUUCAAAGGAAAACUGAUGGGUCAGUAGUUUUCUUUUUGAUCCUACUACGAGCAUAUCAAGAUCAAGAACUCCUCCUGGAUGCUGAUAGUGUGCAUGUCAUCGGGAAAUUCUGUGCGAUUUAUUGCCCGCAAGCCAUAACGGUCACUUG